AUGAUUCUCACAGAUUGGCUUGUUAUAAAUCAGUGUAGUUGGUCGGUUUUGGCAUGUGUUUUUCUAACGUUUUGCUUUGUCGGGAGUUUGUACGUAUGGAGAACUAAAUUGAGCAGAGACCAUCCAACUACAAUAAAAAGAAGAUUCUUCAGCGUAUCCGUUAUAAUGUUAAUAACUCCGUUCUUCAUUCAAUAUUUUUUCACUGAAGAAUCUUUAAAGAAGGGCGACUUGUACAUGCAGUUAGGAUUACGAUGGUCUGGUCUUAUACCAGCUAUAAUUGCGCCACUCUUCUUGACUGCCACAUUGUUUUUGGGACCAUUAACCAUGCAGUUUCUAUCAGGAGUAUGGAAAAUCUAUGCAGAACCAAUAUAUUGGCUAUCCAGCUGGCAAGACCUUGUGUGGGUAAGAAACUAUGUCAUGGCCCCAUUGAGUGAAGAGUGGGUGUUCAGAGCUUGCAUGAUACCUCUACUACUACAGUGUGUCGACCCUAUGACAGCUGUUUUUGUUGGACCCCUACUCUUUGGCAUAGCCCAUUUCCAUCACAUCUUUGAACAGAUGAAAGCUGGCUCUGAAUUGAAAACAGCUGUCAUGAUCUCAACAUUCCAGUUUAUGUAUACCAGUUUGUUUGGUGCUUAUUCAGCGUAUUUGUUUGUGAGAACAGGACACUUCAUGGCUCCUCUAGUCGCCCACAUGUUUUGCAAUCACAUGGGAUUUCCGAACUUCACCGAAAUAGUCGAGUUCCCACCUCUACAACGGGUAUUUAUUAUAUGCAAUUUCUUUAUAGGAUUCGGCCUAUGGUGUUUCCUUCUUACACCUCUAACUAGUCCAGAUAUUUAUGACAACAGAUUACAUUGGGAAACAUGA